GAAGAAGGCAGAAAAAAGCCAGAAAAAAGGAAGAAGCCUGCCAAAAAGGAUGAAUUAAAUAACCCUAUAUUCCCCGACAAAGAACAACGUACAGAAUUCCAGAAUUCCAGCCAACAGGGACAACAACGUUUAAACAGAGUGGAUUUCCGCCGACCCAUAAUAAUAAUUCUUUUACUUCAGCAAAAUCCUUCCACAUUCUGUUCAGUUUACCAGAACUGAAAGCAAACCCAGAAAACGCAAUAUCCCUCAAUUUUAUAAUCAUUAUCCGAUUGAUUUCACAAUAUAGAAAUAUAGAAACCCACCACGCACCAAAAGGGGCAUAGAAAAGGUGCACAUUGUAAAGCCAAUUUAGCCAGAGCCAAAGCCAGCCUUUUUUUUUUUUUUUUCCAUGUGAAUUCGAGACCCACUUUGAUAAAUUAUACUUUUCUUCGUUUGGGUAUAUAACUGGAAAGAUUUCUUGAGAACCCACCUUCUGUUUUCUUAUAAUUCUUCUUCUUCCUCUCUGUUGUUGUUGUCCCUGUCGUUUUGCGUUUGUUUUUCUUUGUGGGUUUCAUUUCAUCAAACAUCAUCAUUUCCGUGAUGUGCAAUGGCGACUCUGGGGGAUAUUGGGGUGUCUGCGGCAAUUAAUAUUCUGACUGCAUUGGCGUUUCUGGUGGCUUUUGCAUUGCUCAGAAUUCAGCCUGUAAAUGACAGGGUUUACUUUCCUAAGUGGUACAUUAGUGGGCAGAGGAGUAGCCCGAGGCGUUCUGGUAAUUUCGUGGGGAAGUUUGUCAAUCUUGAUUUCAGGACUUAUCUGACUUUCCUCAAUUGGAUGCCUCAGGCUCUGAAGAUGAACGAGGCUGAAAUCAUCGCCCAUGCUGGCCUUGAUUCCGCCAUCUUCUUGAGGAUUUAUAUUCUCGGUCUAAAGAUUUUUGUGCCGGUGUCUGUAUUGGCCCUUCUGGUUCUCAUUCCGGUGAAUAUAUCGCAUGGGAUGUUGGUUACUGUCAACAAAGAAUUGGUUGUCAGUAACAUUGAUAAGCUUUCAAUAUCUAAUGUGCGUGCCAAAUCUCUCAAGUUCUUUUUCCACAUAGGGAUGGAAUACCUGUUGACAUUUUGGACGUGUUACAUGCUCUACAAGGAGUAUGGUAGGGUAGCAUCCAUGAGAUUACGUUUUCUGGCUUCUCAAGGCAGGCGUGCUGAACAGUUUACAGUUCUUGUUCGGAACAUACCUCGUGUUUCUGGUCGAUCUAUACCAGACAGUGUUGAUAGCUUCUUUAGGAAAAACCAUGAAGAACAUUAUUUGUGUUACCAGGCCGUCUAUAAUGCUAACAAGUUUCGCAAACUUGUCAACAAAAGAAAUAGGCUUCAAGACUGGCUGGACUACUAUCAGCUGAAGUUUGAAAGACAUCCAGAUAAGAAACCAACCACAAAGAAAGGAUUCCUUGGACUUUGGGGUGGAAAAGUUGAUGCUAUUGACUUUUACAAACAGCAACUCAAGGAGCUUGACAAAAGAAUGACUGUGGAGCGCCAGAAUAUUCUCAAAGAUCCAAAAUCUGUCAUGCCUGCUGCCUUUGUUUCAUUUGAUUCAAGAUGGGGUGCAGCUGUCUGUGCACAGACACAACAAAGCAGGAAUCCGACACUCUGGCUGACUAGAUGGGCUCCUGAACCCCGUGAUAUAUACUGGAAGAACCUUGCCAUCCCCUUUCUUUCCCUAAGUGUCCGAAAGCACGUUAUAUCAUUGGCAGUCUUUGCUUUGAUAUUCUUUUACAUGAUACCUAUUGCUUUUGUGCAAUCCUUGGCAAACUUGGAAGGCUUAGAAAAGGUUGCUCCAUUCCUCAGACCGUUGAUUGAAUUGGGAUUCAUCAAAUCCUUCCUGCAGGGUUUCCUUCCUGGAUUGGCACUUAAAAUAUUUUUAAUCAUCCUUCCUACAAUUUUGAUGAUAAUGUCAAAAUUUGAGGGAUAUGUUGCAGUAUCAACGUUAGAGAGGAGAACAGCAGCAAAAUACUAUUACUUUAUGUUGGUCAAUGUGUUUCUGGGGAGUAUAAUUACAGGAACAGCUUUCCAGCAACUAAAAGCAUUCCUUCAUCAAUCUCCCACAGAAAUUCCAAGAACCAUUGGUGUUUCUAUUCCUAUGAAAGCUACCUUCUUCAUCACCUAUAUAAUGGUUGAUGGAUGGGCCGGUAUGGCUGGAGAAAUCCUACGCUUGAAGCCUUUAGUAAUUUUCCAUCUGAAGAACAUGCUCAUUGUCAAAACUGAACGAGACAGAGAGAAGGCAAUGGACCCUGGUAGUGUAGAAUUUCCAGAAACGCUCCCAAAUCUUCAACUCUACUUCCUGCUUGGACUUGUGUACGCUGCGGUUACUCCAAUCCUUCUGCCUUUCAUACUGGUCUUCUUUGGUUUUGCAUACUUUGUAUAUCGCCAUCAGAUAAUUAAUGUGUACAACCAACAGUAUGAAAGUGCCGGUGCCUUUUGGCCCCACGUUCAUGGUCGUAUCAUUGGCAGCUUAUUACUAUCUCAACUUCUUUUAUUGGGUUUGCUUAGCACCAAAAAGGCUGCGAGAUCCACUCCUUUGCUAAUAGCAUUACCAAUAUUGACCUUGGCUUUCCAUCAGUACUGUAAGCAUCGGUUUGAACCGGCAUUCAGGAAGUAUCCCCUUGAGGAAGCGAAGGACAAGGAUGCAGAGGACGGAGCCUCUCGAUCUGAUAUCAGCUUAAAAUCUUUAUUGGCCGAUGCUUACUUGCACCCUAUAUUCAACUCUUUUGAGAAAGUUGAAUCAGAACAAGUUGAAUCUGUUGCAGUCCGAGUUGAUAAAAAUCAAGCUCACGUCCCCGGUCCUGCAGCAAGCUCCGGUACUUCCUCGGAUGUCCAUCAAGAAGAUGAGCCCUCUGGGAAUGUUGAGAUGUAUCAAUAUCAUCACUACGAAGCUGAGCAAUCCAGUCAUGCGUAUCAUCAGUACGACAUCGAGUCACACAAUCACGGAUAUCACUAUUAGGACUGGCGUUGUUCUGAUUAGUCGCAAUAGUUAGUUUGCACAGCCUAACCUCCCCUCCUGAAGUAUCCCCCAAGAGGUUAAUGUUAUUAGUUAACAUUAAUUAUUUUUCCUCGAACUAACUUCUAAUCUCCCUACGUAGUCGGGCAAAGGCUUCUUCUUGUUGCAACUUCUGAUCUCAGUGUGAAUCGAACCACCUGUUACAUUUCAUUGUGUUUGUCCCAUCUUCAUCAAUCUGUGUUUUACGUUUCUGUUGCUUAGCCAUUCUAAUUAAUUAACAACGGUUUGCAUUCAAGACUCUGGUUUCUGUAAAUAUAUGUUAUAAAUUAGAAAGGGAAAUCAAAUUAGAAAUGUGAAAAUGAUGUCAGCCGUGUGAUUCAAAGACAAUUAAUCAGAUUGGAAGGGUGCAUUAUUUAUAGAGAGGGUUCAAUUUUAACUCUCAA